AAUUAUAAUUGUUUCUGCAGUCGCCAUGGCAGAUAUUGAUGCAGCGACUAGUUGUAUAAAUGUAGAUAAUACUGAUAUGAAAUCAGAUGUAACAGUAUCAUCCGUUCAAAUGGCGAUGCUCUAUUCGGCUCCCCAAACCUCUACAGAAACAACUGAUGCUGAAAUUACCACUACCAUCAAUCAUGUUCAUAAGUGCACUCUCAUACGAUGCAAGAGAGUGCAAUUUUCUGAUCCAUUAGUAACAGCAAUAUUGGAGCCAUACAAAUAUAGCAGCCAUUCCAGCAGUAUCCACAGUAUAUUCCACUACCACAAUCGACAUGGUAGAUCGACAGCAGCCGAGAAAACAGAUGGUCAAUCUAGACCAUGGAAUUGGUUGCGACAGAAUUUACAGCGAGCAUGGAGCAGCCUGUUAUUUGGCAGCAAUGAGAAUACUGCUCAUGCCAAGGAUAUGCCAGCUAACCUUUUUGUUAUAGAUACGAGCAAGUCCAACCUGCCGAUUGCAGACACGAUUGACUCGGGAAAAGUUCUUGUUGGUAGUGACGAUGGCUUUAUUGCUAGGUCAGAUAGUAGCCCAGAUGGUGAAUCCAUGGAGUCGCGCCCCUUUCAUCGUCGUAAUUCGUUAGAGUUGGUUGUGAUGCGUAAUAAUAGUCUGACCAAGAAGCCUUUACCCUCCAACCCUAUAGAAUCCGCCCCUGAUCAUAGUAGUGACAAUCCCUUAAAUACUUGGAUUAGUAAUGGUUGUCCGCCCAACAACUCAAUAGAAAAAGAAGCGGAUGUUGUUAUUGUUGGUAAGAAGAAGAGCAUCCAGCCGUCGCUGACAGUCUUGCCAGAGCAGCCACUUGAUAACACCUCAAAGCAUAAGCAGCCACCACUCGUUAUUGACGGCAACUGCUCGCCUUUGCUAUUACAAAAGUCGCUCCCAGUUAUCUUGGCCGUCGAGUGCACUUUGGAUCCUUAUAUUCCUACAAAAUCCGCCAUUGCUGAUAGUAUGACGGACAGCAAUACUAGCCAUCGACCUUGCAGUCACACCGACCCGCUUCCUAAUCCCAGCAAAAAGCUAUGGUCAUCACUAUCAACUCUCACUAGAAUCCUACACAAGACUCCGAGUCAUGAGCACCAUGCUCAAGCAAACCAGGACUCGACUAUUGCUACCAGUCGCUCUGCUGAUACCAUCAAUAUUCCUGAAACUACACCAGACGAUGCUACUGCAAGUAAGAGAAUGUCGCUCCCUCAUACUACAUCUACUGAUGGAGCUGCAUUGCCCAAGAAGGCUUUCCGGUUUCCUUCAUGGCAUUACUCCUAUACUGGAUCUUUAUCCAAACAUUCUUCCAGUGCUGACAGCAAUCCCUCCAAACCUCGGUCUGUGUCAUUUCCUCCCGGUCCCAUUCAGCUACCCGAAAUAUCAUCUGGCCCUCCCAUUACAUUCGAUACUAUCCUUCCAUUUACUGCCGAGACUUCAAAACCAUGGGACAAGUCUUUGCCUACUGUUCCUCCUUUGCCUACCGAUAACACUGGAAUUUCACAAACAGACUACCGUAAUCAUCGAUCUCGUACUCUAUCAAACAAUACUCUGGAUAAUAAUGACAAUGAUGAACUCGAUGAGUUAUGCAAGUCUGCCAAAGGCCAUGCCAUCAUGUCCGAUGCUUCUUAUGCCACUACUAAUUGUGCAUUCGAUGUUGCGGAUCAGAGUGCCGUAUUGCAAUAUUUGGGCUAUAACAACAACACUUCUGCAAACAGUGUGGUGGUUGCCAAUGGGAAUCACUCCAUCAGAUAAUCUACUGACUGCCUCGGUUUAAAGGUCUUUGAAGACCCU